AUGUACGGGAUUUUGCUUCCAGACAUCGGCUCCUGCAGCGCAUUCUACCGUGAGCACGAGCUGGCGGAGGGACUACAGCAAGAAAAAGAACAAGAAGAAGCCGUCAAGAUCUCCAGACGAGAUUACCAUCCACGGUUCCGUGUUAUUCUUCUAGAUUUGAGCGCUAAGAGCCCCCGAAAGGAGAAUCAGCUGGCCAGGAAUUCCAAAGCAUUCCAUGAUUCCGCUGUUUCUACGGCAUGCAUCCGGAUGAUACCGACCCCCGGUCCUGUCACCACCACAACCACCGUCGCCCCGACCACAACAACGUCAACAGCAGCGCCGACUACGACAACGACAACAACAACGGCUACCACCACUACCACCACGACUACGACCGCGACACCGGUAUGCGCCUCUUGCGCUCAAAAUCUGGCAAUUAUCCCGGAAGAUGAUCUGCCUGGUGCUCCGCAGGGAACUGGCACCUUUACGUACAGCCCAAAUGCCGCCGGAUGUAUCACGGCCUCCCUGAGUUGCUCGGCUCCCGGAUUUGUUCUGGCUAGCGCCAGAGUAAAUGGCGAGUGGUUCGCGUUCGGCCAGGACUGCAUGACGACAGCUCUGGAAGGGAAUAUUGUUUGUGAUGAUAUGGGAGUCUGGCAAUUCGAGCCGGCCGUACAACCCGGAACUUUCUACUCCCCCGUCGACUACGCGUGUACGGAGGCCAGUCCGACUUGC